AUGAAAAUUUUGAUAACAAUAAGUAUUUUACUUCUGACUGCGUCUACAACAGAUGUAGCAGUCUCAGAUUAAUGUAAUUGCGAGAAGCUUCUCUCUCAAGCAGAUUGCAAAGCUAAAUAAGGAUGUAAUUGGUCCACAACAACUUCUCUUUGUUCUAAAACAGAUUCUGGAAGCAGUUCUUCAGAAGGAUACUGCGGACUAAUAAGUGAUGCUAGUACUUGCGCAAAAACAAAAGGUUGUGCUUAUAUAGACUCUGUUUGCUAAAUAUUUGCAGGAUGUUCAGCCUAUAAGGGUGCAACUGACUCUGAGUGCCAAGCUAUCUCAAAGCAAUGUAAUUCAGAUGGAUAAGCAUUUUGUGUUGAUCCUGGAACUUGCACAUCUUAUAAAACGGCAGAAGAUUGUACUGGAAAAGGGAGUAGCGGAGGUUCAGGUACUUGUGUUUGGGAUACAUCUUGCAGAGAACAAAAAUGUACUGAAGCCGAUGUUUCAUUCAACACAGAUGCUCAGUGUAAUAAUUUUAUCAAAGGAUGUGUAACAACAGGAAAGGGAUGUGUAAGUUCUUUGUAAUUAUGUUCUACAUAUAGUGGAGAUAUUGAAAGUUGUGAAGGAUUGAAGGGAUCUGAUGGAUUUUGUAAAGGAGUAGAAGGAAAAGAUAAGUGUGUAGUAAAGGUAUGCACAGAUGCUGACACAACCAAUACAACAGAUGCUGCUUGUGCUAAGUAUUAGGUUGGUUGUGUGACAAAUGGUUAUGGUUGUGUCAAGUCCCCUUUAGGAGCAUGUUCUACUUUAACAGGAGAUGAUAUUAUUUGUGCAAAUAAGAAAGGAUCUGAUGGUAAAUGCAAAGGAGUAGUAGAAGGGAAAACAUGUACAGUUGUAGAUUGCAAAGAUGCUCCAGACACAUAUUCAACUGAUGAUGAAUGUAAUAAGUAUAAAGCUGGUUGUUUCACUACUGGUAAAGGAUGUACAACUUCAAGAGGACUUUGUUCUUCAUAUAAAGGCACUUCAUCAUCUUGUGAAGGAUAUAUUGGAUCUGAUGGUAAAUGCAAGGGAGCUUCAGAUGCUGAGGCUCCUUGCUCAGCCAAAGUCUGUAAGGAUGCUGAUGCUACAUUAAAUACAGAUGAGAAAUGUGAUGAAUAUUAAACUGGAUGUAAGACAACAGGUAAAGGUUGUGUCUCAACUUUAUCAACUUGUUCUUCUUAUACUGGAGAUUCAACAAGUUGUGAUGGAUAUAUAGGAACUGAUGGUAAGUGUGCAGGAGGAGCAAGCAGUGGUAGUUGUUUCCCUAAGAAAUGUUCAGAUGCACCUGCUUCUUUAACUACAAAUGAAGAUUGUUAAAAUUAUCAAACAGGAUGUAUUGCCACUGGUACAGGUGGUUGUAUGGAAGUUGGUGCUUGUAAUACUUUAGUAAAUAGCAGUCAAUGUGAUGGAAAAUCAACAUGUUAAUGGACACCUUAAUGUGUAUAAAAUGUAGCUUGCAAUGAUCUAAAAACAGAAAUUUUAUGUAAGACUGUGACUUUACAAAAUUCAAAUACUUGCUGGUGGGUGACUGGUAGUUGUGUAGCUAGAACAUGUGAUUAAGCACCUGCUACAUAUAAUACAGAUACACUCUGUGAUGCUUUCUUAAAGGGAUGUUUGACAAAGAAAACUGGUUGUGUUGCACCAACUGCUACUUGUAGUAGUUAUUAAGGAACUAAAGCUACAUGUGAAGGAUUCACUAUUAAAUGCACUAAUACUAAUAGCGCUACUGAUACUACUGCAUGUACUGAUCCAGUAUGUACAGAUAAUACGGAUGCUACCACAGAUGAUGCUUGUAAAUCAUUUCAUGCAAAAUGUUUAACAAAAGGAACUGGAUGUAUAGCAGCUAGUGCUGCUUGUACUGCUUAUGUUGGAGCAAGUACAGAUGUUUGUGGAAAGUUUAAAGGUAAUAAUUAAACAACUCCUUGUUGGUGGAGAAGUGGACCUAAUUGUGUAGACAAAGCUUGUAGUGAUGCUCCUAAUUCUAAUACAACUGAUGAUUUAUGUGAUCAAUUUUUAAAGGGAUGUGUGACAACUGGAGCUGGAUGUGUACCAAGUUCUUAAGCUUGUAGUGAUUAUACUGGAUUAAAUUAAGCUGGUUGUUUAGCAUUAUCAAAAGGAUGUGCAAGAAGAGAAGCUUGUACUGCUGAAGUUACUUGCGCCAGUAUAACUGGAGCUACUAAUUAGGCAAGUUGUGAUGCAAUUUUACCAAAUAGAUGUGUAUUUAUUAAUAAUGGAUGUGUCCCAAUCGGAAAUUGUGAUACUUACACUGGCAAUUCAGUAGCUGCUUGUAAGGAUCUUGUUAAUGGAAAUGGUGAAAAAUGUUAUUGGACAGCUAAUAAUACUUGUAUUGAUAGAGCAUGUAGUUAAAUUACAAAUCCAGCAGAUCUAAAGACUUGUACAGAUCAUAAAUCUACUUGUGCAAGAAAGUCAGAUGGUACUGUAUGUGAAAAUGCUACAUGCACUAAUGUUACAGGCCCAACUUCUGAAACUUCCUGUUAAAACUAUCAUCCAAAAUGUCAUUAUGGUAUGGUAAGUUCAGCAGCUGCUUGUAGUGAAGGAAGUACUUGUAGUGUAUUUGGACCAUCAUCAACUGGUACGUGUCCUACUGUGAUUACAGCUCAUGGUGGUGCAUGUAAAGCAAAUUCACCUACAACAGGUAAUUGCAUAGAUGAUGUUUGUUCUGCUUAUAAUGCUAAUGCUAAUGAUUGCAAAGCUAAAAAAGUGUCUUAUUCAACCCAAUAUUCAGGAACUGCUACUGCUUAACUCUGUUUCCAUGAUGGAACUAAUUGUGUAGAAAGAUCAUGUGCAAAUGCAAAUACACAUCUUGGAGUUACAGUUUCAUCAUUUUCAUAAUGUAAUUCAUAUUAUGAAUUAUGUGUAUUCUCAAAACCAUCAUCAGGGGCUACUUGUGUAAAUGGAAAUAAUUAAAAUGGAUCUACAUUUGGCUGCUCAUAGGUCUAGGGUACUCAAGCGGAUUGUUUAACUUUAACUGGUAAAUACUUAGUUGGUUCUGUUUGGGAAUAUAGAUUAUGUUACUAACAUAAUACACUAAAUGGUGUUGCGGCUUGUGUGGAUAGAGAAUGUACUUAAAAAUCAGAUGGAAAUACUGAUGCAAUAUGUUAGGCAUGGCUUCCAACUUGUAAGACUAAUGGAGUCAGUUGUGUUAAUAUUACAUCAGCAUGUACAACAAUGUCAGGAACUUCAGAAAGUUGUUAAUAACUUACUGGAAUAAAGUUGGGAUCAAAAUGUUCAGGUAAUACAUCUGUAAAUGGUGGUUGUGUUGAUAAAAGAUGUUAAGAUAAUGGAACAGCUACAACAGAUGCAGAUUGUAAGAAAUUUAUGGAUGGUUGUAUAACAACUGGUAAAGGAUGUAUUGCUAGUACUACUCCAUGUUCUGGUUAAUGGGGAAAUCAAGAUGGAUGUAAAUUAUUAACAGGAAAUGGUAAAUAAUGUUGGAGUCUAUCUUUGACUACUAGAGGUCCUUGUAUUGAUAGAACAUGUGCUCAUAAUACAACAGCAACUACUGAUACUGAUUGUGCAGCCUUCAUGAAAGGAUGUGUUACAAAGAGACCAGGUUGUAUUGAGGCUACAGCUGAAUGUACAUCUUAUUAAGGAGUUUAAGCAGAUUGUGAAAAGGCAAUUGGUAAUGGUAAAUCAUGUACAAAUGAUUCAACAGCAACUGCCACAACUGCUUGUAAAGUGAAAGAUUGCACUAAAUUGGUUGCUGAUGCUUAUUCAGAAUCAGUAUGUUAAGCUUAUGGUAUAUAAUGUCAUUAUAAUGGAACAAAAUGUGAUGUUGUAUAAACAUGUUCACAAUUAAAGGGUAACUUUGUUACUUGUGCUUAAUAUGUAGCUUCAGAUGGACCAUGUGUUGGUACAGCACUCUAAACUGAAACCCCAACAAGUUGUUCACCUGCCAAAUGCUCAGAUGCUCCUAUUACAUUAACAACAGAUGCUGAAUGUGAAGCAUAUAAAAGUGGAUGUAAGACUAAUGGUUAUGGUUGUGGUUCAACAAUUACAUGUGCAGAUGUAUAAUCUUCUACAUCUUGUGCUGCUGUUAAAAGCGGAAAUAGUUUUAUUUGUAAUUGGGCUUCUUAAUGUAGAGAUGUCUAAUCAACAUGCAGUAGUUUCACUGCAAGUGGACAAAGUGUUUGUGCUACUUCUGAAUCUACUUCAGGAUUUGGUAUAUGUGUUUGGAAAAACAGUGCUUGUACAGAAGCAAAAUGUGAAGAUUUACCAUUGACAGUUGGUUCAGAAACAGAUUGUACAGACUAUUCUACAACUUGUACUUUUGGUGGAGUUGGAAAUGGUUGUGUUACAUAAGGAGCAUGUACUAGUUAUACAAGGAAGGAAGUAUGUUCAACAGCAAAAUCUACAGAUUCUAUUGGAAGUUGUACUUGGGAUGAAACUGUAGUUACAGGUACAUAAAUAAAAGGAUGUAGAGCAAAAGAUUGUUAAGAUGCAUCUACAACAUUAGUAAAUGAUUCUGAAUGUGAUGCAUUCAUUUCAGGUUGUGUUAGUAAUGGUGCUGGAUGUAUGAAAUCUACAUACACAUGUGAUAUGUUUAAGACUUAAGUAAAAUGUCUUUAAGAUUCUUCUUUAUAACCAUGUCUUUGGAAUAAUGGUGUUUGUCAAUAAUAUUAUAGAUGUUCUGAUUUAGCUUUGAAAACAGUAGCUACAUGUUAAGCAGCUUCUAAAUAUUGUACAACAGAUGAAAGCAAAUGCACUCCUUUAAAGACAUGUAGCAAUUACACAAAAUAAUUAUAAUGUUCAAUUGGUACUGAUGGUGUUUGUGGUUGGGUUACAUCUACAAAGAAAUGUCAACUCUUUACUUAAUGUACAGACUUAGUUUCUAAAAUAAAUACUGAAUGUUCAGCUUUCAAUUCUAAAUGUAUUAGUAAUGGAACAAAUUGUAUUGAAAUGGCUGAAUGUUCUGCUUAUGCUGAUAGUGAAAUUGCUUGUAAGAUAGGAGGAACUGAUGGCACAUGUUAAUUUGAUAAGGAUACAUCAACUUGUAGAUUGAGACAAUGUUCUGAUGCAACAACUUCUACUUCAACACAUAAUGGAUGCUUUGGAUAUUAAAUUAAUUCUACUACUAAAUGUACAACUGAUGGAUCUAAAUGUAUUGCUUUGGCUGAUUGUGCCUCAUAUACAAAAUAAGCAGGUUGUGUCCUUGAUAGUUAAUUCAAAGCUUGUGCUUGGGAUGGUACAGCCAAAACAUGUAAAACAAAGGCUUGUUCAGAUACUAAAAAGACUAAGACAUCUGAAUGUGCUGCUGCCUUAGCUGGAUGUAUAUCAGAUGGAACCAAAUGUAUUGAUUAAGGAAAAUGUGCAGAUUAUACUACUAAAGAAUCUUGUAAUGCUGGUGGAACAGAUGGAGCUUGUGCUUUUACUCCAGCCUCUGGAUCUACAACAACAGGAACAUGCAAAUUAUUUUCUUAAUGUUCAGAUGCCAAUUCUGAUUAAACUGCUUGCCAAUCCAAAUCAUUAACUUGUAAAUGGACUGCUGCAGUUGGUACUACUGCUAGUUCUUGUUCAAAUCAUAAUUGUGAUACAGCUGCUAAAGGAACAGCAAAAUGUGUUACCAUUCCUAGUUUUGAUGGCAAGAAAUAUACAGUUUGUCAAGUUUAAGGUGGAAAAUGUGUCACUGGUGAUCCAAGUGCAUUGACUUAAGAUACAUGUUAUAAGAUGAGUUAAUAUACCUACAGUUGGAAUGCUAAUACAAAGAAAUGUGUUGCUUGUGGAUCUGGUGCUACUAAUACCAACAAUAACACUACUGUAGAUAACAAUUAAAGCACUGUAAAUGAUACCACUUCCACUGACCACGGAUCUUAUCUAUAUGUUUUACCCCUUUUAAUUUCCUUAGGUUUCUAAUGAAAA